AUGGCAUACAAGUUAGAUCAAACCUUUCAGGACCGCGAGAUCGUUGUUUUGGGAGCCGGAAUAAUUGGAUGCGCAAUAACUAGGACUCUAUUGCAAAAAGGGUUCAAGGUGACUACAGUUGCAAAGCACUUGCCUGGAGACACCGACAUAUGGUAUGCAUCUAACUGGGCAGGCGCUUUGUGGCAUGGAGGACGUUCUUUGCCUAAUGAUGAUCAACGAUACAUGCAAGCCGUGUCGUACAGACAAUUUAUGAGUGAUGCUCGAACCGACCCUAAAUGUGGAGUGUGUGUCAUAGGGGUAGAAGAAUUUUUUGAGAAGAGGCCCGAUACUUUAGAGCAGUUAUGGUAUUCUGGGGUUAAUCCUAAAUUUAGAGAUAUGGAUAAAUGCAAAUAUGAAGAUAAACAAUUUGAAUAUGGCUGUGAGUACGAAACAGUUUCAAUUGAACCACCUAGGUAUCUUCAUUUUUUAAAGAAUGAAAUACAAAAAUUGGGCGGAAAUUUUAUCCGUAAGGAGAUAAAGUCGGUAGAUGAGCUUUACAUUGAUUUUCCAAAUACAAUAAUUUUCAUCAAUGCCUCAGGAGUUGGUCCUAAGUAUAUUGAAGGAUUGUACGAUGAAAAUAGUUUUCCCAAUAGGGGACAAAAUGUUUUGGUCAAAACAAAAACAGAUAAGGCAUUCAGCAGAAAUGGAAAUGAGUACACGUAUGUUAUUCCGAGACCUUUGCAAGGGGUUGUUGUUUGUGGAGGCGUGAAUCAAGAAAAUCAGACCCAUUCAAAUAUAGAUAAGGCAAUAGUUGAGGAUGAAUUAAGAAGGGCAAAUAAGUUGGCGCCUGAUGUCGUUUCUGAGGACCCUGAUAUAGCAGGAUAUAUUGUUGGUAUUCGUCCUGCAAGAAAAGGAGGAUUUCGCUUAGAGAAGGAAAAAGUGAAAGAAAACAAAUUCAUAUUACACGCUUAUGGUUUUAAUGGCGGAGGCUAUUCCUUUUCUUAUGGUGCGGCUCAAGUUUUAGAAAGAAUGGUUGAGGAUUUAGAGCAGGAGUUUUGCGUAAAUCCAAGACUUUUAGAAGUUAAAACUGCAUACCUAGACAAGCGCAGUCCUGUAAGAUUGUAG